AUGAACUUCCUUAGAAGGAACAUCUUCAGCCGAUUUGGAGUCCCCAGAGCCCUUAUUAGUGAUGGAGGAAGCCAUUUCUGCAACAGACCAUUGGAAGCCCUCCUUAUGAGAUAUGGAGUAAAACAUAAGGUUGCCACACCUUAUCAUCCCCAAACAAGUGGGCAGAUAGAGCUGGUGUAUGGAAAGGCAUAUCACCUUCCAUUAGAGCUAGAGCACAAAGCUUUCUGGGCUCUCAAGCUACUAAAUUUUGAUAGUAAUGCUAUUGGGGAGAAAAAGAUCUUGCAACUGCAAGAAUUAGAAGAAUUCAGAUCUCAAGCAUAUGAAAAUUCCAAAAUCUACAAGGAGAAAGCUAAGAAUUUGCAUGACCAAAAGAUAGCAAGAAGAGAGUUUGUAGAAGGUCAAAAGGUGCUACUAUACAACUCAAGGCUCAAGUUCUUCCCAGGGAAGCUUAAGUCAAGGUGGUAUGGACCUUUCACCAUCCUCAAGGUGUCUCCCUAUGGUCAUGUAGAGCUUAUGGAGGACAAGACACAGAGGACUUUUACUGGAAUGGCCACGAGAGAGGAUGGAACCCACAUUGUUGAUGGCUCAAUAAGGCAAGGAGUCAAAGUGUACUUACACUUUGGAACUCAACACAUGUAG